ACCAUCAUACUUGACAAGCCAGAAAAUUGGUUCAAUUGGUUAUUCAUCCGUCAAGACAUUGCAGAUCGCCACAAUCUCUGGCAAUACGUCAAUCCUGACGUAGCAAAGGAGGAUCUCCCUGAGUUGACAGAGUCCCCUAAGCCUCAACUUACUGACUACAAGGCGAGAGCUACAAAGCUCUCGGACCUGGGCACUGACGAUUGA